GCCAUUCCUUCGCCCAUCUGCCUCUCCCCUAUCCUUCUCUCCUCUCUUCUUCCAAUAGGGGCAUUUCGUUUGAAAUUCCGUGCGUGAAUUUACGAAUCUGCCCCCAGCUGCUCCCACGCCCCUCGCCACGCGCUCCCUUCUCUCUCAACCGUUUCCCUCUUUCAUUUUCGUGCCCCGCUUGUCGCCAUCGGGCGAUUCCGUCCGGCGUGGCGGGGAGGCGCAUCGGGGCCGUCGAGCUGUCGAUCCGCGCGGAGAUGCAGGCGCCACGUGGCGGAGCCUUCCUCGGGAAGAGGAAGGAACGGGAGUACUACUACCCCUCCUCGUCGUCGUCGGAGCAGGCGGUGCUGCUCGCGCGGCCGUCGCCGUUCGCUAAGCCCGACCCACGCGGCAAGCCGGAUCGCCCUGCGGCUCGGCUUAGCGCCAAGCCGCCACUUGCACCGCCGCUGGGGCUGGCCCAGUGCGGUGCGGGAAACAAGCUGCUGGCCGGGUACCUGGCGCACAAGUUCCUCAGGUGCGGCACCCUCCUCGGCGAGCGGAGACUCGACCCGCCGCCGAGCCGGAAGGAGAAGGAGCCGGCCGGGACGGCGGCGCCCGAGCCGGGUAGGCGGUAUGCGGAGGUGUCACGGCUGCUCAUGGCGGGCCGGGCCCGCAUCCCUGGCGUCGUCAACCCGUCGCAGCUCGGCCGCUGGCUCCAGAUUAAGGAGUGACUGGACUCCGGAGGCAGGAGGGCACACGGCGGCGGGGCGGCAUUGCCUGGUGGCUCUUCUCGCCGGCCGCGCGCGUGCACGAUGCGGCGACCGAUCGACCCAAAGAACAACCGAUGCUUUGGACAUAGUCAAGAGGGUUUGUCAUGUCUUUUCCUUCUAGUUUUCGUGCAGUAAAAUCAAUUUCUGUCGUUAAAAUGUUAAUGUAGGUUCGAACGAGAGACUGGAUCCACUAGCUUUUGCUGCGAUAUUAUCAUGCUUUCUCUCACUGGGUUCUUCGUAAGACAAAAUUUGGUAUGAAUGCGCUAAUGAAUCGACCAUCGAUGUUCACGAGUGUCGAAAUCUGACUCUAUUCAGUGUCCAAUUCAACAAAAAAAAUUUAGACAUGUCAAAUAUAAUUUGAAAUUCCAAACAGGUGUUUGAAUCCGACUAGAUUCGGUAUCUGAUUUGGUAAAAAAAAUUAGACACGGUACAGGUAACACCCUUACUAAGUAAAGGCAGGGUAACGUUUUAGUAGUAGCGUAUGAACUCAUGCUGUUGAUUUGGUGCGACUGCUCUCUGUUCCAUGCGUCUAGAUGCGUGGCUCCAUAUUUGGAGGAACACUGGCAAUUACCACCACAAGUCCAGUGAAUGGACCUUUGCUUGCAGAUGUAUCUCAUCUUGGUGUUCCUCCGUGCUUAGUAAAGCAAUAAAGACGGUAUGAUCUGUUAGCAUCUUUGUGUUCUUGCUACUCUGCAGAUCACCUUUUUUCUCCCUAGUGCCACAGUUCGGCAGGUGGCGGUAGACUUGCAGUGGUACAGCUUGGGUCAUUUGAUCCAGCUAGAACUUGAUUUUGAAUCGCGGAAUUUGCCAUGUUGCUCACUUCAUGAACUGAGGAGUCGUUGUUCUCGUUCAAUAAUCUGUGAAGUGUAAAUAACUUCGUUCAACACUUCAACGGUCUGCGCUGCGCGUGGGCAUGUCGCAGCAGCCAGGAGACUAAAAAUAUGCAUUGUCAACUGAGGCGACUGGACUUCUUACUGGAAAUCACCGAAUUAUUCAGGACUCUGGAGGCCCCCAAUACACUUGCUUCUCUGCUAGUCUAGCUCACUGUAUUUCAGCAUUUCAGAACAGAUGGCCUUUUGGCUUCGCCCAAGUACGAAGUAUCUCUUUAAUAAAAGCUCUCCACUUCGGAUGCAAGCUAUCUAUCUAUCUACUCAACUUUUUAUCGGUAUCAUUUUCAUCCAAGUGAACAUUUCUUUUGCUGAGACGAUUUGAUCAAGCGUUGUCACGAUCAGGCUUUCGAUUUCGAAGCUGACAGGAGUCAAGGCAAAUCUUUUCCAUUUGCAUCCAACCAACUCCUGAUGCAAAAUCACCUGACAGCACCAGUGACUAGUGAUGACCGUUGCACAGGAUGACAGGAGUGGUUGGCUUUGUUGUUCUUCUCCGGCAGCGACAUGAGGGACGGGAAGGGCGAGAGGACACGCGUCGAUACAGUAGGACGGGUGAGGUGACCGACAGCUGCUGGCAACAAGAAAAGAAGCCGAUGAAGAACGGACGAAGCAAAGGUGAUGCGAGAGAACUAUGCCUGCUGUUCUCUGCUUACUGGGAAGCAAAGGAUGUGCACGAACGAUGGUCUCUCUGUGCUUUGUAGUGUCUUGCACGAUGCGCAAUAGUGUUUCUGCACGCACAUCCACGAUGUUUGCGUCGAAAAAAAUACGUAUCCCCGGGGAGGAAAAUGUGUACAAGCAGAUGAACAUGGCGAUGGGUUCAUUCAUUUCAUUUCCUAUGGAAGGCCUUGGCAACGUAGUCAUUCGUCGGUUCGGGUUUGUUGGGCGAUUGUUGGUUAGGAUGGAGUAAUGCGCUACUCGUUGGUCACCUGCUUAGCUUGAUGGAAGUCUAGUCAAUUUUUAAAUAUGGUUCAAAGGCUUUUUGUUUGAAGCUAGCUUGGACGCGUCAAGCAGCUAACAGGGUCUCUACCAGCUGUUUCAUAAUUCUCUUUCCGGGAAGCAUCUUAAUUCCUAAUGAACCACACAACUAGUAGUACUCGAUGCUUUGGCCAAGCCAUCGUGAUGGUCGGCUGAGUGUCUGACCCACCGGCCGGUCGCGCUCUCCUCGCUUCAGUCAGCAGAUCC